AUGGGCUCGCAGCGCUCCAAGACGUCGGCUGCGGACCUCGUGGCCAAGCCGACGGAGGAGAAGGAACUCGGUCCAGCGGCACUCUGCGCGAGGAUGCAGGAGAGCUUGACGACGGGCACUCGGUACCGCAGUCCCAUCAAGAAGUUCCCCAAGUGCUUCACCUGCUUCACCGGCCACGAAGCAGUCGAUUGGAUGCUGAGCGCAAGCGGGCGAGAGAUGCCGGCGAAGCUGUGCGCAAAUGCCAGACGCUGCUCGGCCGAGGGCUCCUCGAGCAGGUCGACGGCCCCGCCGAGUUCGACAACGACCCCAAGCGGUUCUACCGCUUCACAGCAGCCUGACAAGGCGGACGCCACUCUUUCACCGUCGUAA